UCAGCAUAAAAGUCCAGCUGGAGUGUUCAGUGAAGUGGACGGUGCUCAGACCAGGACCAUGGAGCCCAGUGUCCUGCUCCUCCUCGCUCUCCUUGUGGGCUUCUUACUGCUCCUGGUCAGGGGCCACCCAAAGGCUCGUGGCCACCUUCCACCAGGACCCCGUCCCCUGCCCCUCUUGGGGAACCUCCUGCAGAUGGACAGAGGAGGCCUCCUCAACUCCUUCAUGCAGCUUCGAGAAAAAUAUGGAGACGUGUUCACAGUGCACCUGGGACCGAGGCCUGUGGUCAUGUUGUAUGGGACAGAGGCCAUAAAGGAAGCUCUGGUAGACCAAGCUGAGGCUUUCUCUGGCCGGGGAACAAUUGCUGUGGUUCAACCAAUCUUCAAGGACUAUGGUGUGGUCUUUGCCAAUGGGGAACGCUGGAAGGCUCUUCGGCGAUUCUCUCUGGCCACCAUGAGAGAUUUUGGGAUGGGGAAGAGGAGUGUGGAGGAGCGGAUUCAGGAAGAGGCCCGUUGUCUGGUGGAGGAGCUGAGGAAAUCCCAGGGAGCCCCCCUGGACCCCACCUUCCUCUUCCAGUGCAUCACAGCCAACAUCAUCUGCUCCAUUGUCUUUGGAGAGCGCUUUGACUACAAAGAUCGCCAGUUCCUGCGCCUGCUGGACCUGUUCUAUCAGACCUUCUCACUUAUCAGCUCAUUCUCCAGCCAGGUGUUUGAGCUCUUCUCUGGCUUCCUGAAGUACUUUCCUGGUACACACAUACAAGUUUCCAAAAACCUGCAGGAAAUUCUCGACUACAUUGGCCACAGUGUGGAGAAGCACAGGGAAACCUUGGACCCCAACAAUCCUAGAGACUUCAUCGAUACCUACCUUCUACGCAUGGAGAAGGAGAAGUCCAACCAACACACGGAGUUCCAUCAUCAGAACCUCAUAAUCUCCGUGCUGUCUCUCUUCUUUGCUGGCACCGAGACCAGCAGCACCACGCUCCGCUAUGGCUUCCUACUCAUGCUCAAAUACCCCCAUGUUGCAGAGAGAGUCCAAAAAGAGAUCGAUCAGGUGAUUGGCUCACACCGCCCACCCAACCUUGAUGAUCGCACCAAAAUGCCUUACACGGAUGCAGUCAUCCACGAGAUUCAGAGAUUUUCAGAUCUUAUUCCAAUUGGAGUGCCACACAAAGUCAACAAAGACACUUUGUUCCGAGGGUACCUGCUCCCCAAGAACACUGAAGUGUACCCCAUCCUGAGUUCAGCUCUUCAUGACCCACGGUACUUUGAACAACCAGAUGCCUUCAAUCCUGACCACUUCCUGGAUGCCAGUGGGGCUCUGAAGAAAAUUGAAGCUUUUAUGCCCUUCUCUACAGGAAAGCGCAUUUGUCUUGGUGAAGGCAUUGCCCGCAACGAAUUGUUCCUUUUCUUCACCACCAUCCUCCAGAACUUCUCUGUUUCCAGUUCCAUGGCUCCUAAGGACAUUGACCUCAGUCCCAAGGAGAGUGGCUUCGGCAAAGUGCCCCCAACAUACCAGAUCCGCUUCUUGGCCCGCUGACUGGGCUGAGGUGUCCGGGUGUCCCCACUCCUGUUGAGAAUGGCCCCAUCUUUCUUUCUCUGUGAGACCUGCUGCAAACCAGGCCGUAGGUCACUUCUCAAACCCGUCCACUUUAACUGAAGCUUCUGCAAAUCUCCGAGGUGUGUUCUUCUGCCCUGAGAAUGGCACUGGAGAAAUCAGUCAAGUGUCUUGCUUGAUGUGUGAACAGAAAGACUUCUGGAGGCCACAUCUCAUGCUGAGUCAGUUCCCUAUUGCUCCUAACAGCCACUGUCCCCAUGUAAUACCUCUGGUGCUCCAUGAGCUAAUCUAAUAGACUCUGUACAUGGUCUGAAUUCUAUGUCUAUGAACUUGCCUAAUAUGUAUGGUUAACAUAAACAGAGUCACAUAGCUGUGA